UUACCCGGAAUUUAAGCGUUCUAUGCGCGUGCCUCUGUCUACCGCUAGCUCGUGCUCACGGCCCCACACUUGUACUUUUUUCGAGAGCCAGCCUGAGGUAGCGCGGAGGUUUGAACAUCCUCCAGUCCAGUUGUCAGAAACUCGUGGACGUAGCCCGGACAAAACUCAACGGACAAAAUGGCCAACAGGGAAAAGCCAAUGGGUAUGGACAGAGCCCUUCAUUCCAAGGUUGCAGCUAAGUACGACAGUGGCAGUGAAUUGGAAGUUAGACAAUGGAUUCAGAAACUCACCGGAGAAGAUAUCGGAACCGGUGCCAUGGAAGUAGAGAAAAGACUUAGAAACGGCCAAAUUCUUGUCCAACUGAUAAAUGCUGUUUAUGCAGGCACCCCAAACCUUCCCCCUGCAUGUAGGAAUGUGAAACUAAAGGGAAACAACAGUCCUCUUCCUUUUAAACAGAUGGAGAAUAUUGAGAUUUUCCUGAAAGGAGCUGAAGCAUAUGGUGUGCCUUCCAACAGUCUUUUCCCUACUGCUGAUCUUUUUGAUGGCAGAAAUAUGGCUAUGGUCAUUUCAACCAUCCUCCAACUUGGCACUGAGAGUCAGCGAAACGGAUUCAAUGGUCCAACAUGUGGGCCAAGACCCUCAGAGAAACAUGUGGUGGAAUUUACUCAAGAACAGCUGAGAGCUGGUCAAGGUAUUAUUGGUCUCCAGGCUGGCACCAACAAGUGUGCCUCACAAGCUGGUAUGAGCUUUGGUGCCUCCAGGCAUGUUGCUGACAUCAGAGCUGAUGACAUGGUUAGGGAAGGUCAAUCAGUUAUUGGCUUGCAAGCUGGCUCUAACAAAGGAGCCUCUCAAGCAGGUAUGUCCUUUGGUGCCGUUCGACACGUUUCUGAUAUUCGGGCUGACGAAUCCACUAGAGAAGGACAUGGAAUCAUUGGUCUACAGUCUGGGUCAAACAAGUUCGCAUCACAGGCCGGCAUGACAGGCUUCGGUGCUGUCAGACAUAUUGCUGACAUCAGAGCUGAUGAAUCUACACUAGAAGGGCAAGGAAUUAUUGGUCUACAGUCUGGCUCAAAUAAAUUUGCAUCUCAGGCUGGUAUGACUGGAUUCGGUGCUGUCAGACAUGUUUCUGAUAUUCGUGCUGAUGAGUCCACACUAGAAGGGCAAGGAAUUAUUGGCUUACAAUCUGGUUCAAACAAGUUUGCAUCACAAGCUGGAAUGACUGGAUUUGGUGCUGUUCGACACGUCUCUGAUAUUCGUGCUGAUGAAUCAACUUUAGAAGGACAGGGAAUAAUUGGCCUCCAGUCAGGUUCCAACAAAUUCGCAUCACAAGCUGGUAUGACUGGAUUCGGUGCUGUGCGACAUGUUUCUGAUAUUCAUGUUGAUGAAUCUACUCAAGAAGGCCAGGGAAUUAUUGGCCUCCAGUCAGGUUCCAAUAAAUUUGCAUCUCAGAAAGGAAUGACAGGCUUUGGUGCUGUCAGGCAUGUUGCAGAUAUCAGAGCUGAUGAGUCUACCCCUGAAGGCCAAGGAAUUAUUGGCUUACAAUAUGGCAGCAACAAAUUUGCAUCUCAGAAAGGAAUGACAGGCUUUGGUGCUGUAAGACAUAUCGCUGACAUUAGAGCUGAUGAGUCUACCCCUGAAGGGCAAGGAAUUAUUGGUCUACAGUCUGGCUCAAAUAAAUUUGCAUCACAGGCCGGUAUGACUGGAUUCGGUGCUGUGCGACAUGUUUCUGAUAUUCGUGCUGAUGCAUCAACUCUAGAAGGCCAGGGAAUUAUUGGUCUACAGUCAGGUUCCAACAAAUUUGCAUCACAGAAAGGAAUGACAGGCUUUGGCGCAGUCAGACACAUUGCAGAUAUUAGAGCGGAUGAUGCUACACCAGAAGGCCAAGCAAUUAUAAGUUUACAGUCAGGAACAAACAAAUUUGCAUCGCAGAAAGGAAUGACAGGCUUUGGAGCAGUCAGACAUGUUUCUGAUAUUAGAGCAGAUAAUGCUACACCAGAAGGCCAAGCAAUUAUAAGUUUACAGUCAGGAACAAACAAAUUUGCAUCGCAAGCUGGUAUGACUGGAUUUGGUGCCGUCAGGCAUGUUUCUGAUAUUCGUGCUGAUGAAUCUAGCAAGGAAGGACAAGGAAUCAUCGGCUUACAAUCUGGCACAAACAAAUAUGCAUCACAGAGUGGGAUGACUGGUUUUGGUGCAGUUCGGCAUGUUGCGGACAUUCGAGUGGAUGAAUCAAGCCAAGAGGGGCAAGGGAUAAUUGGGUUACAAUCUGGCACUAAUAAGUUUGCAUCUCAAAGUGGCAUGACUGGUUUCGGUGCUGUUCGGCACAUUGCUGAUAUUCGAGUUGAUGAUACCACCAGAGAGGGGCAAUCUAUUAUAGGAUUGCAAGCAGGAUCUAAUAAGGGAGCAUCCCAAGCUGGCAUGUCUUUUGGAGCUGUGAGACACAUUGCUGACAUCAGAGCUGAUGAUAUGUCAAAAGAAGGACAAAGUCACAUUGGUCUGCAAGCUGGGUCAAACAAAGGAGCCUCUCAAUCUGGCAUGUCAUUCGGUGCUGUGAGGCACGUUGCAGAUAUCCGUGCUGAUGAUGCCAGCAAGGAGGGUCAGACAGUAAUUGGUCUUCAAGCUGGUUCCAAUAAGGGAGCAUCUCAGUCAGGCAUGAGUUUUGGAGCAGUUAGGCACAUUGCUGAUAUUAGGGCUGAUGAUGCAUCAAGAGAAGGUCAGACUAUCAUUGGGCUGCAAGCAGGAUCUAACAAGGGGGCCAGCCAAGCUGGUAUGUCCAUGGGGGCUCAGCGUCACAUUGCUGACAUUAAAGUUGAUGACAUGAAUGAAGCAUCAAAAGCCACCAUUAACCUGCAAUAUGGCUCCAACCAAGGCGCAAACCAACAAGGUAUGAGUUACGGCGGACGCAGAGACAUCAUGGGUAAAUAAAGGGCAAAACCUAGCAAAAUAUAUAGAAAAGAUUGGAACGAUGUAUUUGGAUCUUUUAAAGCUAAAUCAAGAUUUACAGUAAAAGUGGUGGUUGUUUCACUUGAAUCAAGAACAUUUUGUGAUACAGUUGAUGAAGAUUUUAUAAUGCUGGUUGAAAAACUGGAGUGUAUAUGUUGUUUGACAGAAAUCUGGUAGAGUUAGGAUAUAGAUUUAAGAUCUUAUGACUGCCAUGAAUAAAUGGUUUUUAUGUCAGUUCCCAAAAACUAUAUACAUACAGUAAAAAAUGAGUGAUGAAAUUUUGUGAUAUUUUAAUUAAAAGCUGAUCAAUUCCAAUAAAGAAAUGAAUCAGAAAUUUUAUAACUAAGAAUUGCAGUAUAAAAACAACAAAUUUCUUGAAGAAAAUUAAUAAAACUGUUGUACUAUCUACACAAUAAAAUUGAUUGACUUGUUAGAUGGUGGCCGAAGCAGUUUUCUUUUUAUUUCAUUAUUCGUCAUUUUUGUCAAUUUAUCCCUUUUUUUCUAUUUUGUCGUGAUGUUAAAAAAAUAAAGCUAAGUUUGAAAAAAAAGUAUAUUCCUUUAUUUCAGUUUUUACGCUUUAGUUUGUAACAUUGUUUUAAAUUCAUACAUUUUUUUUAAAAUAAAUUAUUUUAUUAAUUAUGUUAUACAGACAUAUUGAAAUUUUAAACUUCAAAACACAAUUUACUAUCAGUCAUGAAUUAUUUAUUACAAACCUUUUUUUUUUAAUAAUAUCCUAAUUUUGUAUAUACUUAUUUGAAAGUUUAGUGAAUAAUGGAAAUUAUUUGAACAGAGAGCACAACAUGACAUGAAUGAGUGUUUUUUUUUUCUACAUUCAGAAUGUACAGUCUAUGCAACAUUUUUCAUUGUCUAUGACUUUUCAUGUUCUGUUGCUUAAAUUUUCCUUUCUGCGCACUGUAUAUAUUGAUGAUUUAAAUCAAUCUUAAAUUAAACUUUUAUAAUCUUAAAAUAUAAAUCUUUAGCUUCAAUAUCAA